AUGAACGUGCCAUGCAGUGCGCUUGCUAUUGUCCUAAUAGCACUCGCUUGGCCAGCGGAACAAGACAUUGCUCAGCGCCCCCAAAAGAUAUACUCGUGGGGAUCGAUCAAGCAGAUUGACUUCUUCGGAAGCUCUACCCUACUAUGUGCUUGCUGUUUCCUAGUCGUGGCCAUACAGAAAGGGGCAGAAACAGUUGGCUCUCGAAACGAACCCUACCCGAUCGUGGCCAUAGUAAUUGCUACAGCGAGCGGGAUCGCGCUUGUAGCUUGGGAGCUUGCCCUUCGCCGUGGCCUAUUCAACAGCAUUAAGUCAAUAGUGCCCGGGAGCCUGUUUACUAAUCGAGCAUUUACAGCGAGUUUCUUGGUUACACUCCUCACCGGCCGGAGCCCAGGCACCUACCGCGCGACCGACGGUCCCGAUAUGUCACCGGGCCGGUUCCUGGAAACGACGGAGAGAAGCCACGCUGCCUCCUCGGUGGCUUUCGCAACAAAUAUGAAGAUCAUGGUGUCUGUAUGCGGUGUCAUGAUCUUUGUUUCAUUUUUCACAUUGGAGAAAGAGCCGGCUGAUAUUUCGAGGCUGAAUACACAUCACCGAAGCAACUGCGCAGACCCAAAGUACAAAAGCCUGAGCACAUUUAAAGCUGGUUGA